GAUAAGGGGUGGGGGAGAGAUAGCGCCCUAAGUAGGGGUGCCUUAAUUCUUCUCCCCGGCCCGGCGCAACUCUCUCUCUUACACACACAGUAACCGGAGGAAAUUCUCUGCGGAGAAAAUGGCGAGGGAAGACGAUGAAUCCAGAUCAGGCGGCGACGCCGCUGCUGCAAAUGGGAAUCCGCCGUCUGUGCCGGACUCCCCGACGUCAGCCGGAUUCAACACCGACCAGCUGCCGUUCAAUACCAGCCAGAAUUAUACCGAUGAUGAUGAUGAAGCAUCUGUUGAUCCUGAAAUUAUCAGGGACGAGCCUGAGGAGGAGAAUCUUAAUGAAGAGGAGGAGGAAGGGGAGGACCUCUUCAACGACAAUUUCAUGAAUGAUUAUCGGAGGUUGGGGCAGCAGGACCAGUACGAGUCAUUGGGGAUUGACGAUUCCAUGGAGGAUGAGAGGGAUCUGGACCAGAUUAUGGCCGACCGCAGAGCUGCAGAGAUCGAACUUGAGGCCAGAGAAGCUCGUGUGUCGCAGCGGAAGCUUCCCCAGCUUCUUCACGACCAAGACACUGAUGAUGACAACUACAGGCCAUCAAAAAGGACAAGAGCUGACUUUAGGCCCCCAACCACUCCAAGAAGCAUGGAUGAUACUGAUGGAAUGCGCAGUUCACCAGGUGGAUCACAACAAGGGAACUCUAGGGAUGACAUCCCCAUGACUGAUCAGACAGAUGAUGACCCUUAUGAUGACGAGGAGAAUGAUGAAGGUGAGUUUGAGAUGUACAGGGUUCAGGGAACCCUGAGAGAGUGGGUUACUAGAGAUGAAGUGAGGCGCUUCAUUGCCAAGAAAUUCAAGGAGUUCCUACUCACAUAUGUGAAUCCAAAGAGUGAUCAUGGAGACUUUGAAUAUCUGAGGCAGAUCAAUGAAAUGGUCUCAGUCAACAAGUGCAGCCUUGAGAUUGAUUACAAACAGUUCAUCUAUAUCCAUCCAAACAUAGCGAUCUGGCUCGCUGAUGCCCCUCAGUCUGUUCUUGAGGUUAUGGAAGAAGUUGCCAACAAGAUUGUUUUCGACUUGCAUCCAAAUUACAGGAAAAUCCAUCCAAAAAUCUAUGUACGCAUCACCAACCUACCAGUGUAUGAUCAGAUACGCAACAUUAGGCAGAUACAUUUGAACACUAUGAUCCGUAUUGGUGGAGUUGUGACUCGACGUUCUGGAGUCUUUCCCCAAUUGCAGCAAGUUAAAUAUGACUGUACCAAAUGUGGAUCAAUUUUAGGGCCUUUUUUCCAGAAUUCAUAUUCAGAGGUGAAGGUUGGUUCUUGUCCAGAGUGUCUAUCAAAAGGACCAUUCACUGUUAACAUUGAACAGACAAUAUAUAGGAACUACCAGAAACUAACUCUCCAAGAAAGCCCUGGAAUUGUCCCUGCUGGUCGACUUCCAAGAUACAAGGAAGUGAUACUGUUGAAUGAUCUCAUUGAUUGUGCCCGUCCAGGAGAAGAGAUUGAGGUCACAGGCAUAUAUACCAAUAAUUUUGAUUUGUCUUUGAAUACAAAGAAUGGGUUUCCUGUCUUUGCCACCGUGAUUGAAGCAAAUUAUGUCACCAAGAAACACGAUCUCUUUUCAGCUUACAAGCUUACCCAAGAAGACAAAGAAGAAAUUGAGAAAUUGGCAAAAGACCCAAGAAUCGGGGAACGGAUCAUCAAGUCCAUAGCCCCUUCAAUCUAUGAUCAUGAGGACAUAAAGACUGCAAUUGCUCUUGCUAUGUUUGGUGGUCAAGAGAAAAAUGUUGAAGGCAAACACCGUCUAAGAGGGGAUAUAAAUGUACUCCUGCUCGGUGAUCCUGGAACCGCCAAGUCCCAGUUCCUCAAGUAUGUUGAAAAGACUGGACAAAGGGCUGUUUACACUACUGGGAAAGGAGCUUCUGCAGUCGGACUCACUGCAGCAGUUCACAAGGAUCCAGUCACACGGGAGUGGACUCUAGAAGGAGGAGCUCUUGUUUUGGCUGAUAGAGGCAUAUGUCUUAUUGAUGAGUUUGAUAAAAUGAAUGAUCAGGACAGGGUAAGUAUUCAUGAGGCAAUGGAGCAGCAGAGUAUUAGCAUAUCAAAAGCCGGGAUAGUCACAUCUCUCCAGGCUCGCUGUUCUGUAAUUGCAGCGGCAAAUCCUAUUGGAGGAAGAUAUGAUUCCUCAAAGACAUUUGCUCAAAAUGUGGAACUGACUGAUCCAAUCAUCUCCCGGUUUGAUAUUCUCUGUGUUGUCAAGGAUGUGGUGGACCCAGUGACUGAUGAGAUGCUGGCACAAUUUGUAGUUGAUAGUCACUGCAAAUCGCAGCCUAAAGGUGCCAAUUUUGAUGAUCGGUCUAUGGCCAAUUCACAAGAUGAUGUCCAAGCUUCCACAAGACAAACCGAUCCUGAGAUAAUACCCCAAGAGUUGCUAAAGAAGUACCUCACCUAUGCCAAGCUGAAUGUAUUUCCGAGGUUGCAUGAUGCAGAUUUAGACAAGCUUACGCAAGUUUAUGCUGAAUUACGGAGAGAAUCAUCACAUGGACAGGGAGUUCCUAUUGCCGUGAGACACAUAGAAUCAAUGAUACGGAUGUCUGAAGCCCAUGCCAGGAUGCACCUUAGACAGCAUGUCACUCAGGAGGAUGUGGACAUGGCUAUUCGUGUUCUGUUGGAUUCUUUCAUCUCAACCCAAAAGUUCGGUGUGCAGAAAGCUUUGCAGAAGAGCUUCAAAAAGUAUAUGAUAUUCAAGAAGGACUUCAAUGGAAUUGUUUUGCAUCUUCUCCGAAGACUUGUGAAGGAUGCCUUGCACUUUGAAGAAAUGGUGUCUGGUUCAACUGUAAAUCUUUCUCACGUGGAUGUAAAAGUGGAAGAACUGCAAAGCAAGGCACUUGAUUACGGAAUAAGUGAUCUGAAAGCUUUCUUCAACAGCACAGAGUUUUCGAGCGCUCACUUUGAGUUGGACGAGGCACGAGGUAUAAUCAGACAUCGUCUUUCACACUGAUAACUAGUUAAGAGGAUCUUACUACACAAUGAUGAUGUUUGUAUCAUAUUUACUUAAACGUACCGUGCUUUCUCAAUUUAUUGACAUUUCAUGAUGAAUAUUGCAACACGUGUUGCGUUUCCACACACAGCAAUGUCCUAACACCACUGUGGUCUUCUCUGA